CUGCGCAAUAGUGAUCCCCGGGUCGCGCUCGGCGGAGACCGGCCCGGGAGGACAUGCUGCCAAAUAGUGAUCCCUAGCUGCUGGUGGUCUCCUGAGGGGGCUGCGGGGUCCGGGGCCGUCCCCACACACCGCACCUGCCCGGGCACCGCUCCCCGCCUCCCUCCGGCCUCCCAGCAGCGCCGCACCGCCGGCGGGGCCGCUCCUCGGGCCGCGAGGUGCAGCUGAGCUCCGUUCCUGUGCCUGUCCCUGCCCGAUUCCAAGCUGGCGAUGUCCAGGGUGCCGAGUCCCCCCCCUCCGGCAGAGAUGUCCAGCGGGCCUGUGGCCGAGAGCUGGUGCUACACACAGAUCAAGGUGGUGAAGUUCUCCUACAUGUGGACCAUCAACAACUUCAGCUUCUGCCGGGAGGAGAUGGGGGAGGUCAUCAAGAGCUCGACCUUUUCCUCUGGAGCCAACGACAAACUCAAGUGGUGUUUACGUGUGAACCCCAAGGGCCUGGACGAGGAGAGCAAGGAUUACCUGUCCCUGUACCUGCUGCUGGUGAGCUGCCCCAAGAGCGAGGUCAGGGCCAAGUUCAAAUUCUCCAUCCUCAACGCCAAGGGAGAGGAGACCAAGGCCAUGGAGAGCCAGCGCGCCUAUCGCUUCGUGCAAGGCAAGGACUGGGGCUUCAAGAAGUUCAUCAGGAGAGAUUUCCUGCUGGACGAGGCCAACGGGCUCCUGCCAGAUGACAAACUGACCCUGUUCUGUGAGGUGAGCGUGGUGCAGGACUCGGUGAACAUCUCGGGCCAGAACACCAUGAACAUGGUCAAGGUGCCCGAGUGCCGCCUGGCCGACGAGCUGGGCGGGCUCUGGGAGAACUCGCGCUUCACCGACUGCUGCCUCUGCGUGGCCGGCCAGGAGUUCAAGGGCCACAAAGCCAUCCUGGCAGCGCGCUCCCCGGUGUUCAGCGCCAUGUUCGAGCACGAGAUGGAGGAGAGCAAAAAGAACCGGGUUGAGAUCAACGACGUGGAGCCCGAGGUGUUUAAGGAGAUGAUGUGUUUCAUCUACACUGGGAAGGCCCCAAACCUGGACAAGAUGGCUGAUGAUCUGCUGGCAGCUGCAGACAAGUAUGCCCUGGAGAGGCUGAAGGUGAUGUGUGAGGAUGCUCUCUGCAGUAACCUGUCUGUGGAGAACGCAGCUGAGAUCCUGAUCCUGGCUGACCUGCACAGCGCAGACCAGCUCAAAACCCAGGCCGUGGACUUCAUUAAUUACCACGCCUCGGACGUGAUGGAGACGUCGGGCUGGAAGUCCAUGGUGGUGUCCCACCCCCACCUGGUGGCCGAGGCCUACCGCUCGCUGGCCUCGGCGCAGUGCCCGUUCCUGGGCCCGCCCCGCAAGCGGCUGAAGCAAUCCUAAAGCCGCGCACCCUCAUCCCGAGCUUUUCUGGAAGCGGCCCCAGCUGCUGCUGCCGCUGCUGCCCAGCCCUUGACCACCGGGGAGCCGGCGAGGCCCGCGGAGCUUGGACUCUGUUGUUGGGGGGAAGAGGCUGCUCCGUGCGACAUCCAGACUUUGUCCAACAGCACCGAGAAACUUUGGGAAAAGGGGGGAGGGUGGGCUCUGGGGCUGUUCCUGCGAUUCCCUGUGUCUGUGUGUUCCCUUGCACCCGCCUGAGGCCCUCCAGGAUGCGGCCGUGCCCCCGGGAGCCCGGCCCGGGGCUCUGCGCGUGUGGGAUGCCCGGGGCAGAGAGUGGAGGCACGAGUUCCACCGAGCUUUUGGGGACGAACCUCCAGGAGGAUUCACGGCAAACGUUCCCCCAGUCCUGGCACGAGUCCCACCGAGCUUUGGGGAGGGACCUCCAGGAGGAUUCACGGCAAACGUUCCCCCAGUCCUGGCGGCCGAGCUGAGCUGAGCUGGACGUGCGCGUGCCCCGCUGCCCUCGGCCAGGAGAUGAAUUUGCUGUUUUAGCACUUGUGUGUCCACUGCAAACAGAACAAACGGUUCCAAAGCCCCUUUUUGUAUGAAAUGUCAGCUCGGAGCGCGAGGGGCGGUGAAGGCUGUGCUGGGAGAGGACUGCAGACCCCUCGAGCCGAGAGCAGCGCCGACGGUUUCUGUUUCAAACAUGGUGGGAAAUGCUCUGGGCGUUUCCCCUGCUUUAUUUCCCCUUUCCUCCCUCUUUUUUUAACGAAAGAAAAACCCCAAACCCCCCCAGGAUGAAUUUCACUCUUGCUGACGGCCGCGUGCCACGUCCCUGAGUUGCUCCGUGAUUCUUACACUGUUUGUACCUGGUCUGGCUGUCUGGGGCCAGCCCUGUCCCUUUCUAUUUAGUCACUUCUUACAGCAGAGAUGUUUCAAUAGCUGGGAACUCUUUUUGUUUUUCUUUUGGAAAAUAUAAAUAAUUCCUAUUUUGUA